UGCUCCUUUGAUAUGCUCCAUCCUCAUAGGUUAGAGAUGGACUAAAGCAAAGGUAAUUUGUAACACAUUAAAAAAUUGUGUAUGAAUGAAAUAUUUGUUGAAAUAACUUGAAAAAAUGGAAGACAAUGAGGAUCAAGAUUUUGUGGCGUCCGAACACGAUCGUUUGAUUAGUGCAAUUACGAAACUUGAUAAAACCCAACAUAUAACUGAACCCACGAGAAGUGAGCCUACGAAUUCAAAUUCGGAAUUCAAUUUGAUCAAACGAUCUAAUAAAUUGAAGCUCACUAAUGUUGUUAAAGUGUUGGAAGAUACCGCUCACAAUGUACGAAUUAGUAAAAAACUAAAACAAAGUCAGAACUUUUCUAAAGUGCUUCCGAAGCCAUUAGAGAAACCACAAGCAGAGCGAAUUAAGAGAUCGACCGGCUAUGAACAAACGAAAAAUAAAUUAGGACGAUGGAAUCCAGUUGUUGCAAGAAAUCGCACUGUGGACUUUGUUUCUUUCCCUUUAAAAAGUUCUUCUAAUAAACUACAACCUACUGGAGACUUUUUAUCAAAAUUAAAGCUCAAAUCAACAUUAGAAAAAGAGCUUGAAGAGGUAGAUCCUCCCCCUGAGGCUGAAGUGGACGAUGACGAAGAACAGUCUUAUCCAAUGAGCUAUCAAGAGAUGCUAGAAUAUAGGCAAAAUUUAGCGAAAAUACGAGCCCAACAGUCAUACACAGCAGCUAAAGCUAAGAGACAGAGUAAAAUUAAAAGUAAAAAAUAUCAUCGUAUUCUCAAAAAAGAAAGACUUAAACAACAGAUUAAAGAAUUUGAAGAGCUACAAAGUAAGAACCCAGAAGAGGCUCUUAAGAAGUUGGAGGAGCUUGAAAAAGCUCGAGCAUUGGAAAGGCAUACAUUAAGACAUAAAAAUACUGGAAAAUGGGCUAAAAGUAAACUAGUAAGGGCCAAAUACGAUAAAGAUGUGAGACAACAACUGUCUGAACAAUUAUCAGUAAGCAAGAGCUUAACUCAAAAAGUGCAAAACACAGAGAGCUCAGAUGAUGAAGCUGAUGAAACUGAAAAUAUACCAGAUAUGACAUUAGCUCAGGAUCCAAUGAAUCCCUGGAUGGUAAAGAGAUCUGACAAAACAAAUAUAGAUGCAGAGUUUGAUUUUGGAUAUAAGAAGUAUUUGAAAGAUAGAAUGUAUAAACGAAAAGAAGAAAGUGAAUCAGACUCUGAACAAGAAGACUCCAAAAAUAAUAAAUUAGAUCUUUCCUUAUCUGUUCUUAAAGAAAGUAUUAAGAAAUUAGAAAAUAUAGCUACUUCAGCUGACAAUGAUGUUAUACAAAAGCCAGAAAAUGAAGAAAGUAAAAUUAGUGAGAAAAGUAACAAUACUAUAAAUAAAACAAAAAAAGGGAUUGAAAAGGCUACAAAAAAUAAAUUGAAUAAGCCAAAUAAAAGGUUAGUUGCUACUUCACUUUGGCAAGUUGAUGAUGUGGACGUUUCUCUAAAAAAUGAAACUGAUAAUGAAAUUAUUUCAGAAGCUUUUGACAAUUUGGAGAAUAAAAUAGUUAGUAGAGUAACAAGAAAGUUAAGAAAAUUAAGGAAAGAAGUUAAAAAAUUAGAAAACGAGUCUGAUACAGGUAACAAGAAACAAGCAGAGAAGUCUGAUGUGGUAGAUGAUGUAGAAUAUUUAAAAUUAAAAAAUCAGAAACUUAAGCCAAUUAUUGAUGAAGAACUUCUGGAGACUCAUAAAAACAUAAAUGAAGGAGACAAAGAAAUAACCACAAAUUCGUUAAAAACGAAUAUAUCUUCGAAAGAAGAUAAAUCAUCACAAGAAAAUAGUAAUGUAAAUAUUGACCCAAGUAGGUUCAUUGAAGUCAAACCAAAAUAUCUUAACACUUCAAUAUCUAAAGGAGAAAACGAAUUUGAUGAGUUAGAUGAAGAUGAACAAGUUGUUCCAAAAGUUGAUAUUGAAGACGUUUUUGAGGAAGACGAUGUAGUUGCUAGUUUUAGGCAAGAGAAAGAGGAUGAAAUUAAUAAUGAUUUACCAAAAGAUAUUGAUUUAACUCUUCCUGGAUGGGGAAGCUGGGGUGGAAAAGGGAUUAAAAUUCGCAAACGUAGAAACAAUAGAUUCAUCACAAAACUUGCACCUAAAAUCCCUAGGCGUGACGACAACAAAGGCGACAUAAUUAUACAUGAAGUAAGGAACUCAAAGCUUGAUUCGCAUAAAAUUUCUGAUGUACCAUUUCCAUUUAACAGUGUUAAAGAGUAUGAAGCAAGCGUAAGAACACCAAUAGGUAACACAUUUAUACCUGAAACUGCACACAAGAAACUUAUUCGUCCAAAUGUGAUUACAAAAGCAGGAUCCAUUAUAGAACCCAUGGAUGAAGAUGAAUUACUCGUUAAGCGAAACAGAACAUUUAAAAACGAGUCUGUCAUUAAAUUACUAGCUAAAUAAAAAACUAUAUUUUUCUUAA